ACAGGAGACCCAUAAUAAAGCAAUUAAUUACACAUGGGAUUAAAGAACCGGGAGAGACUUGACAGUUGACAUGUUUAAGGUAAGACAAGUGAGAGGUCCAGUCCAAGUUUGGUGAAAGGGAAGGAAAAAGUUUAGAGAAGAGAAAGAAACCUGGCAUCUGACAUUAGUAGUAGUAGGAGGAGGGAAGCCCCUCACCAAACCUCCAUGGAAAUACACCACAUUGGACUAUUCUCUAGACUAAUCUAGAGUUCCUACUACAGCUCAUCAUUGGUGUGCAGAAGAAAGUGGAAGGAAAGUAGCAGCAGAGGAAAGAAUCAGCAGCAGCAGCAGACAGCCUUGAGCCUUCCCCCUCUCCUACUAACCUCCCUCCUCAUCUUUGAGUAGCAAAUAGUAUUAAUUCCCUCCCUUCCCUUGAAGUAAACAUGGCCCUUGAUUUGUUCUUGAAGCUCUAGCAGGAGUAGAGGAGGAAGAAGAAAGGAAAGCCACACCUCACCUUCUCCCACCACCAAACGCUUCUUGGUAGGGGAAAGAAAUAAGGAAUUGCCGGAAAAGUCUCUUCUUCCCAGACCCCAGUACCCCACCUUCAAUUGGAUCCUUCUUUAAUUACCUCCUCUCAAUCUCCUAGUAGUCCAUAAGGCCAGAGCCGGACAGGGAGAGGAGACACAGGUGCUUGGGAGAGGGGCAGGCUUGUGGGGAUCGAGAAGAAGAUGGCGAGGUGGGGCUUGGCUGCCAUUGCUGUUCUCGUUGCUGCUGCGGCGCUCUUCGUUGCGGCGGAGGCCCAGGCGGCGCAGCAGGGCCACCAGACAGAGAGGAUCUCAGGAAGUGCUGGUGAUGUGCUGGACGAUAACCCUGUUGGGAGGCUCAAGGUGUAUAUCUAUGAUCUUCCGGGAAAAUACAACAAGAAGCUUCUGAAGAAGGACCCUAGAUGCCUGAACCACAUGUUCGCCGCGGAGAUAUUCAUGCACCGGUUCCUGUUGUCCAGCGCUGUCCGGACUUUUAAUCCCGAGGAGGCGGAUUGGUUCUACACGCCUGUGUAUGCGACAUGCGAUCUGACUCCUUCAGGUCUUCCUUUGCCUUUCAAAUCUCCACGAAUGGUACGCAGCGCGAUUCAACUGAUCGCAGAGAAGUGGCCUUACUGGAAUAGAUCAGAGGGGGCAGAUCAUUUCUUUGUCGCACCACAUGACUUUGGUGCUUGCUUCCAUUACCAGGAAGAGAAAGCAAUUGGAAGGGGAAUUCUCCCCUUGCUUCAGCGUGCCACACUGGUUCAGACGUUUGGACAAAAGAACCAUGUCUGUUUGAAGGAUGGCUCCAUCACAAUUCCGCCAUAUGCGCCACCCCAGAAAAUGCAAAAUCACCUUAUUCCCGGUGACACCCCUCGAUCCAUCUUUGUGUACUUCCGUGGUCUGUUCUAUGACACCAGCAAUGAUCCCGAGGGUGGAUACUAUGCGAGAGGUGCCCGUGCAUCUGUUUGGGAGAACUUCAAGAACAACCCGUUGUUUGAUAUCUCAACCGAUCACCCACCCACAUACUAUGAAGAUAUGCAGAGGUCUGUGUUCUGCCUGUGCCCAUUGGGCUGGGCUCCGUGGAGUCCCAGACUGGUCGAGGCUGUGGUUUUCGGCUGCAUCCCGGUGAUCAUCGCAGACGACAUUGUCCUGCCCUUCGCAGAUGCUAUCCCAUGGGAGGAUAUUGGUGUGUUUGUUUCCGAGGAUGAUGUUCCGAAGCUGGACAGUAUCUUGACAUCCAUACCAACAGAUGUUAUACUAAGGAAGCAAAGGCUUCUCGCAAACCCUUCGAUGAAGCAGGCUAUGCUGUUCCCCCAGCCUGCUGAAGCAGGAGAUGCAUUCCAUCAGAUACUGAACGGGCUUGCUCGCAAGCUUCCACACGGUGAAAAUGUCUUCUUGAAGCCUGGGCAAAAGGUCCUGAACUGGACAGCUGGCCCGGUGGGUGACCUUAAGCCUUGGUAGCAUCUCUUGAGACCUCAGAGAUGAAAAAACAUUUUGAAAAGAAAUAUUUACAAACUCGAUAUACUUUGCACCCUUUAUAUCACCAUGGUUGCAUAGUGCUGACCAUAAGUCAAGUGUACAUUUUGUAUCUUCUUUCCUGAUAGCUAUUAUACCAUAUACUUCUCUUUUCUUCUUCUUCUUCAUUAGAUGAUGAAACAUCAGCCUUUGUGCGCUUUAUGUGGAUAUUGUAAUGAAAAUUAGAAGAUUUAAACCCUUUGGUUGUCUGAUAUGAUCUGGAUACAGGCUUGUGUCACUAA